AUGGUUAUCAACACUGGGUUAGACUUGCAGGUUUCUACGUGUAUUAGUCGCACUCUCAACCUGUACCCAUCGCAGCUGGCGUUUUUUCAGAGAGUUCAAGGCCUUGUAGAAUAUAUAAUCACCUACUGUGGUUGUAAUCAUCACACAGUUUCUCAUGGUGUACUCAUAUAUUCAGCAACAUGCCUUGGACAAAUAUUACGCAAAUCUGUUGCUUUCCUGCAAGUGGAGCUCUCACUCAAAGCAGAAGAGAAAAACUGUCUAGAUCUAGUUGAAAUAGAUGAUGUGCUGCAACUCAUCGAAAACCAGCUGGAGGUUAUAAGUGCGGAAAAGGAUGGAUACCUACUGCACUCUGUCAUGAAGCUCUUGGUUUGCUGCGUAGGAGAUGGGCCCUUCACUCCCGCGCAGAAGUUCAAGCUGGAAGACUUCAGGAAGACGUUAAGGCUGUAG